UAUCCUAAAAUCUUUAUCUUUUAUCUGUUAAAUCGUUAGUUUUAUGUAGUUCAAAAGGUAAACACCAAUUUGAAGCUUGAAUUUAGAUUAAUAUUGUUCCGGACUAUUUAGAUGAAAUGAAUUCAGAUGACAAUUACGAUUAUAUUUUCAAGGUUGUGCUAGUUGGGGACUCAGGGGUUGGAAAGUCUAGUUUACUGAAACAGUUCUCCAGUAGGGAGUUUAAACAGGAGAUGAAAGCAACCAUAGGAGUGGAGUUCUCAAUUCACAACCUGGAGAUAGAUGGGAAGAAGGUUCGAACCCAGAUCUGGGAUACAGCAGGACAAGAAAGAUACAGAGCAAUAACUAACCUUUACUAUAGGAAGGCGACAGGGGUCCUUCUAGUCUACGAUAUUACAGCACACUCGUCCUUCCGGAGUUUAAGUAGAUGGCUUAGUGAGGCACGGAGCUAUGCUGAACCUGACGCCUGCGUCACAAUGGUUGGAAACAAAUCUGAUUUGCGUCAUCUUAGAACAGUGACUAGAUUGGAGGCAGAAGAUUUUGCCAAGAAGAAUGAUGUUAGCUUCUUGGAAACCUCUGCACUCGAUACCAGUAAUGUGGAGUAUGCUUUCGAAACCCUGAUCUCCGACAUGUAUCAUUCCGUUCUCUUCCGGGGUUCGGAGUCAGAUUCUAGGAUAGCAGAUGAGUCUAGCCGUAGUGUUAAUAUUGAUAAAAGUGGAUCAAGCAGCAGCUGCUGUUUAACAAACUAGAAUAUAAAUGUGAUGAAUUAUAAUUUACAGUGAACCCCAAUAAAUAAAUAAAUAAAAGUCUUUUCUCCAGA